CACCCACUAUGUCGGACGCGGACGACCUGAAAGCGUUGAGCGCUUUACUGAACGGGAUAGCGCAGAAGGUUUACUACGGCAAGUCAGAAAUCUCAGAAGAGCUGCUGAAAAGCGAAAUUUACCCUGAUGCGUCGCAAGAGGAAUUCCACGCGUUGCACGAAAAAAUGAGAGGCCUUUUAAAGUCGAUGGCUAGCGCAGACAUGGACCAAACACAGCUGGAAGCAUUCCUCACGGCUCAGACGCGCAAACACGGGGGUGUGAGCACGGAACAGGCGGCUGCUCUGGCCCGUUUCUGGAAGGCACACCGCGCCCGGGUGCGGGACAGCCUGCAGACGCAGAGCCGCUGGGAGCCAGGCCUCCGCGCCCUCAACUGGAGGGUGGAUGUACAGACAGCGUCCAGCAGGGGGCAGACGUCCAGCACCCCUGUGGCCCUGGUGGAGCUGGAGCUGGGACGAAAUGGGCAGGACUCUGAGUUUGUGUCCUUGGAAUUCGAUGAGCUGAGGGUUAAUCAAGUGCUGAAGAAGCUGGAAGACAUUCAAAAACACAUUGACAGCCUAGUACACCACAGCUAGUGUGUGUGUGUGUGUGUGUGUGUGUGUGUGUGUGUGUGUGUGUGUAAGAACAUUGACUCGCUAACACCCUAAUUACUGCACUUUGUUAUUUCUGGAUAUUAUAUUGUCAUUAAGUGCCAAAGUGAUUUUGGCCACAAAAGAAUGUUUGUGAACAUUUUUUUUUUCUUGAAAUCUAACCAUCAAAAUAAAAACUCAUUUUUCCUA